UCGAAGUCUUGGAUGCAGAGUGACUGGAGGGUGCUGGAACACGUGCUGAUUUGUACUUGAGCUGGGGGUAUUUUGAAUUCAAAACAGUUUGUGCACCUCUAGUUGAUUGGGUGCACCAGCUGUCAGCAUCAUACCAAGAGAGAGAAGUAUCCAUAAAUAAAGAACCUUCAAGUUUGGGAACCUGAGAGUAGACCCACCAAUUCAAGCCAAGACUCACCUACCUUCUGUCAUAAGGUGUCAGGACAUGGAGAACAGCUUCUUCAUGAAUGUCAACAAUCAAGUCAAGAAAGUGUGUGACCAGCUUUCUGAAGAUCCUAAUCUUCAAGGUGGCUACAAUGCCAUGGGCUUUUCACAGGGAGGGCAGUUCUUGAGAGCGGUGGUGCAAAGAUGUCCAUCUCCACCUAUGUUCAACCUGAUUUCCAUAGGAGGUCAGCAACAAGGUGUGUUUGGCUUCCCACACUGCCCUGGGGAGAGCUCGCAUAUCUGUGAUUGGUUGAGAAAAGUGCUGGAUAUUGCUUACACAGAUGCAAUUCAGCAGCGCCUAGUCCAGGCACAAUACUGGCAUGAUCCGGUGAACGAGAAGGAAUACCGCAGAAGCAGUCUCUUCUUGGCUGACAUCAACCAGGAGCGGGUCAUCAAUGAGACUUACAAGAAAAACCUGAUGACUCUGAAAAAGUUUGUGAUGGUGCGGUUCCUCAAUGACACCAUGGUAGAUCCCCCGGUCUCUGAGUGGUUUGGUUACUACCGGAGCGGCCAGACUAAAGAGACCAUUCCUCUUCAAGAGACUACGCUCUACACAGAGGAUCGUUUGGGCCUAAAGGAAAUGGACAAAGCAGGAAAGCUGGUGUUCCUUCAGGCAGAAGGAGACCAUCUCCGCUUUUCCAAAGACUGGUUCUUCAAGAACAUCAUGCCAUAUCUAAGCGAUGCUGGUGAUGAGAGUUGGGCUGUUCUAGCGUAGGGUUUGGGGGUUGGAGGUGAUCUCCAUGGCAAGGUGAGAUAUGUCCCAUAGUCAGCUAUCCUGAAAGACGGGCUCUUUCUACUAACCUUGCUAGGUUAUUGUUCCGUUUCAGGAUUAAUGGUUAGUCAUGUUCAACUGAAAGUAUUUCAAUUUUUUUCAAAACCCAACCUGGCCUUGUCUCCAGGAUCUGCCUGCUGCAGAUAUUAAAUCAUCUGUCACCUGAUAGUAUGGUAUUUGUAUUGCCACAAUGGAGCCUGUCCCCAAGGCUCAGGGGAGGGUGUAAUUGAUACCAUUCGCACGGUGUGAAAUUUCCACCAGGUGAGUGUGAUAUGGGUUGCGUUCGACAGAGGGACCACUUCUGUGAUCUUGUUGAAGUGUCAAGUGUAAAGAAAUUCAAAAGGAACUGUUCAAUGCCAUUGUGUAGUUGCUCUGAAUGGAGAUAUUGAGUAGGUUUAAAUAGGGGCUGCAUUCUGAAUGAAGCAUGGUGGGGUGAGGUGUUUCCGCAGCUGAGAUUUUUCUCUGAAAACUGUUGAGCUUUGAUGGGUGGGAAGGCUGUCAAUGCUGGAAGGAAUUCUGAUAGAAAAGCCAUUGGUUAGAUUUUCCAAAAUGGGGCAGAAGGUUUAAAAUAUGAUGUUGAAAUCAUGUUAAUUUAUACUUUCUUUGGGUUUACAAGAAUAUUUUUGCAACUUGACAUGGUCUAAUAAACAAGUCUUAAUUUAAA